AGUAGCCCAUAAUUCCUGAGCCUGCCUAUUGAUUACCAGCUCUACAACCAAAGCUCUGAGGUUAUCGUAGAUACUGAAAACCGGGACAACUUGAUACGAGUAGAAUGUCGGCUGCCCUCAAGCAAGCGUUUAUUGCGUUCGCCUCAUAUGGCAAGGGCCAAGAGCUCAAGCAAGAUAUGGACAACAAGAAUUUCAGCAAAUGCAUGAAGGAUUCCGGGUUGAUGGAUGCCAAGGUCAUCACCUCCACGGAGGUGGACAUUACCUUUGCGAAGGUCAAGGGGAAGACGGAGAGGACCAUUAACUUCACGCAGUUCUGCGCUGCGCUCGACCACCUCGCCGCAAAGAAGGGCGUCCCGCGAGCGGACCUGGAGGCAAAGAUUGAGGCCGCCAGCCCCAAGAGCAACGCCACGCAAGCGGACGCUGUGAAGUUCCACGACGACAAGAACCUGUACACUGGUGUGUACAAGAACGGCGGCCCGACCAACGUUGACAAGCGGGCCGCAGGCGGGCUGGCGGGGCUUUGCGACAGGAGCCCUGCUGACAACCGCGGCGUCAAAUUCUGAGUGCAAGAGGAGAAGGCGCUUGCUGCUCUACCGCACGGGACACGGCACGACCGUAAGGUCGGGUGCAGAUGGAUGCAGUGAAUAGUUACGGACACGUAUUCUAGAUCUAGGCUGCGCAGCGGAAUGGUCACGGACAAGUAUUUCUAGUGAUAGGCCGGGAGGCCUUUCUUACAAGUAGUAUUCCAGGUACUGAACAGAUUAGAUUGUUUUACAGAGUGCAUCCUGUUUAUACGGCCAUUGUACUUCCUGCAAUGCGUCCCUAGUUCAAUCCUCUGUACAUAUAAGUGUAGGAGUCCUUGCGAGCGUGCGGUGAUCUAACAUAUUAAAUGCGGUGUGCGUACGUUUCCAUGGCGAGACGUGCAUUAUGAGCC